AAGACCGAUGUGGAAGAGAGACCUGAAAAUCCCGUCUUACGACGGGUUAAUUGGCUAGUCACUUAUAAUAACCCUCUAACACUUUCCCUUUCAGUAUCUUAUGAGUUAAGUUUUGUGGUGCCCUGUGACGUAGAUCCCUGUCGUCAUCUCCAUUGUACAGAUGGGGAAACUGAGGCACGGGAGGAGGCUGGGAGGCCCUGCUUGAAAAUGGGUGCAGAACAGAAGUCAGCCCUUGCCCUACUUUAAUGACCAAGCUUCCUCCUCAGUAACAGGAACUGGGACAGUGAGCGAAGUGGUCAUUGCACCUUGUUUGUUGAGAGACCUUAUUCCAGGGUCCUCGCAGCACUUUGCUGUUCGAAUACUUUGCUAGACUCCCCUGGGUCCCCUGCUAGUGGACGGUAUCUGGUGCUGCAUGGGUUGGCUGGUUACUUGUUUCCUGAUUUUCCUUUCCAGGAAAGAAGACUUUGAACGCCAGGGUGUGUGCAGCACAAAAACUCAGUGCACUGGCCAAAGAGGAAAUGAUUGUAUUGCCUCUGGAGCAGCGGGCAUUGCCUCAAACAGCCAGCACUGCACACAUGCCUGAGGCUGCUGGGAACAGGAGAGCCUCCGUGUGGGAGGUGCUUGGCUGGGGGCGGCUCUGUGUUCACGUGGUGUGGGAACUAGGCUGGGCGGGAGCAAUGCUCCCCAGGAAGAGAGGGACUGGAGAAGUAGAGAGAGCUGCUCCUGGCUCUGUUCAUUGCUUCUGUCCCUUGCAGGGCCCCUGGGUCGAAGAUGCUGUCUGGGAAGGUGGAGAAGAGAAUUGCCUCCUCCGUAUACAUUACCCUGGCCCCCCCCAAGAGGGACAUGGUCAGCAAGGUUGAUACGAGGCCAGAGGUGCAUCAGCAGAGAUCAGACCCCCCAACGGAGGCUACAAAAUCUGUCAGGACCCAGCAGCCCCAAGUGUCACCACCCAGGAAAACACCCACCAGCAGCCAUCAGGCCGGCCAAGCGAGCAGCAGUGCUGGGCCCUCCUGUGGGGCGACUGGCUCCUCCAGCGCAGGCUUCUCCACCUUUCCUUGUCCUGUCCUGCCCGACAUUCCCACAGGCUCGGACCUGGAGAGCCCCCUGCCAUCUCCGCCAGAUCCUCUCCUGUCCAGCGGACUUGAUGCCCUGUCAGCAGAGACACUUUGCCCUGAUCUGCAGACGCUGAACCUGAGCUCUCCUGUGAAUCAGCAGGCCUCUUCCUCAACCCCAGAAGAACUCAGGCAGCAUAAAAUCCAGGCAACCAAUCUGGAGCAAGCAGAUGAGCGCCAGGUGCUGAAACGGAACAUGAAUGGGCACCUGGAAAGAGACAUAUCCACAGGUACACAGAAGAGUAAAUCUGCAAAGCCAGAGAGUCCAAACCGAACAGGGACUGUCCAGUUUGGCCGAUGUAGAUGGCAGAGGGGCAAUGCUGGCACAGGAUGGCCAUCAUGUACCAGGUUCCCCAUGUGCCCCAGGAAGUACGCCUCUGUCUGCGGUGCCUGCGAGACCCCCAUCGUCCCACAGGGCGGGCAAGACGCCUACAGGAUCGAAUGUCUGGGGCGACACUUCCACGAGACCUGCUAUCGGUGCGAGACCUGCGGGGUUCUCCUGUCCCCCGAGCCGGCGGAGAAUGGCUGCUACCCCUUGGAGAGCCGCAUCUUCUGCAAGUCCUGUCACAUCAAACAGAAGAAUGAAUCGUUCUGCUGACGUGGCCAGGCAGGCUUCCUGUGGCUGCAGUGGCAUGGCUGGGAUGAGCCAAAGCUCUAGACGCCAGCGUGUCGGUGUUCUCCUCUGCAUUUAUUAACGGCCCACCGGCUGCCCUGACUGAGUCUCUGCU